UCCAUGGAAGCCACCAUGUCAGGACAGUCACUGCAAUGAUAGCUAGCAUUAUCCCAGGACUACAUGAAUAAAAUGAUUUAAUGUGUACUUAGCAAGUAAAGCAGCUUUCUGUUUACAGUUAAUUUCGUCUCAAGCUUAUACAUGUCGGCGUUAUCUCCUGAAAUGACGACCAGAAUGAACCGGUUUAAUUCCACUGUGACCGUGGAUGAAUACCUCGCGGACAGUAACGUGUUAUUCUACCUGAGUGAUGCUGUGACGCAGCUGCUGGAACAUAAAGAAGAAUACACUCAGUUUGGGGUGAUCCGCUACUUUGCUGAAUAUUUCAGCAGUGUGAAGAACAGUAACCACGUCCUCUUCAGAGAGUAUAACUACAUCAGAGCCACUCCUUAUAACAGAGCCUCCUUCAUCAGAGUCUUCUGGAGAUGCUACAGACAGAUCGGCAAGAGUGGAGACUUACUGUCCAUGUUGGAGUACAGGUCUCUGCUGCAGUUACUGUGUCCAGACUUCCCAAUGGAGAUGGUGCAGAGUGCAGCCAGAAUUGUUCUGAUGGAUGACGCCAUAGACUGUCUGAUGUCUUUCUCUGACUUCCUCUACGCCUUCCAGCUGCAGUUCUACUACCAAGAGUUCCUGGAUAGUGUUCUGGUGAUCUACCAGGAUCUGUUAGCAGGGAAGAGUCCCAACACUGUCAUCGUCCCCACGUCCACCUCCGUUGAGCAGCUCCCCUCUGUGGCUGCAGAGGAGAACGACAAGGAGGAGAAUCAGCAGGAUGGAGUGGAGACAUCCACUCUGGCUCAGUGUAUAGAUGCCCUCUGUGACAGGUUCAAACACAGUCAUCCCCGGUCCUGUAUAAGAGAAAUUUUGGAACAGACUGACAAAGUAUCUUACUUCAGUUUACUAAUCAGCCUGGCUAAAGAUGAGACUACUAACCAAACCAUUGGAGCGUUACCCAGCAAGGCAGAGUUACUUAUUGACCCAGAGAUGGACCAAGAACUGGACAAACUGAUUGCUCAGAUCUCAGUCAGCCCCAGCAGCAACAGCAGCGGUAGUGCAGUGGGGGGGCUGAAGGAGGUGCAGAGGAAGGCCUCACCCAGAAGGAACAUUCAUCACAGGAGGAAGAUGGAGGUGGAGAGUGACGGCUCCACUGAGGAGACAGACUCCUCUGAAAACUAACUUUUAAACCAUUGACCUCUGACCCAUUACCUUUCAUUCAGUUCAAAACACACACUGGUCAUAUGAUAUACAUGAAAACUGUAACCUCUCCACAUGAAACGUUUUUAUUAGCAUUUCUAACCACUAUUAGUUGGUAGUAACCUUAUGUAUUUAGCUAGUAAUAAAUAGCCUGAUCAAGGUAGAUAUCAGGUAUAACAGGACAGUUAACACCCAAUGGCACGUAUUCACACUUUUUCUAAAAUUCCUUUGUUGACAGUUAGGAACCUCUUUCAUAUUUGAGGUGGAAGUAUUGACUGAAAAUAUUUGAUUUAGUAUUAAAAGCAGCACUUUAUGUUAGCAAACCAACCUUCCCUAUCAGUCUAUUACACCGUGUGGGUGGAUGUAUUCCCACUGUUUUAAAUGUCUCUAAAAGAUGACAACAAUACCGCACAUUAAGUUCAUUACAGUAAAAUGUAUGAAUAAUAAUCUGUUAUGUUGAGCAUGUGAAAGAACACAGACUUUGAACAUAGU